AUGAAAAUUCCUAUCGUACGUAAUGAGCUUCAUAUUGGCAAGAUUUCAAUCGACAAUCAUGGCCAACUAUAUCUUUGUAAGACGAUCAAUACAAAUCUUACUCGAUCCAUUGAUAUUAUUGUUCGAUUGGAAGUUUUUGCUGGUCCAAAAUCGGUACAAAUAGAACAACGAUUGCCUGCACAGGAUGGACAUUUUCAUAGUGUUAAUAGUGAUAAUUCAGAUAACCAUCCGGAUAUGACCAUUAGCAAUAAUAAUCGUACAUGGCAUUCAAUCGAACUACUCGAUCACUAUCUACAUCGUCAUGGUUCGUUGACGGAAUCCAUGAAGAUAGCCUCAUCAUCAUCAUCAUCAUCAACGGCUGAAACAGCAGCAUCAUCUUCAUCAUCAGUAACCAAUAAUAAUCCAUGGACACACGCAAAAAAAUCAUUUCGUUUACGUUCUGGUUUUGAAUUCGAUUUCACAUGCCAAACAAAUGGAUCAUUACCUGAUGCUCAAAUAUUCUGGUACCUACGAGAUAUACAUACAAAUCAUCUUCGUAAUAUUACAGAAUUCAGUAACAUGUUCCAGAAUGGUCAUAAUACAUUGAGCUAUCUACGUAUAGUGCCUCAAUACACCGAUAACAAAGCCAACUUGAUUUGUCAAGCAUACAAUCCAGCCAUGUUACAUGAACUAAUAUUAAACUUGAAACUAUGGUCAAAUCAAACGACAAUGUCCGAAUCAUCAUCAUUAUCGUCCGUACAGAUGGAAUCGUCCGCGAAUCGGCCCAACUUUUCAUCGACAAUUUCAUCAUCAUCUUCAUUGCCUUCAAUUUCGUUAUCAUCAUCUUCUUCAGAGAAUGAUGAUGACGGUCUCUUAAAUCAGGACUAUUUGAAUUCCAUUAUAACAAAUCUAAUGAUACACUAUGACGAAGAAGAAGAACAACAACAACAAUAUUUUCAUCAUCAUCAUCAUCAACAACAACAACAACAACAACAACAAUUUGCUACAUCAAGUAAAAAUCUUUUAAAACAAUCAUCGUACUACUUGAAACAUUACCCAUUUCAACUCUUUACUUCCGUUUAUCUUGAUGUUAAUUACAAGCCAAUCGUAUUGAUUAAAGUUUUAAGUGGUGAACAAAUGUAUCAAGAGGUAUCAUCAUCAUCAUCAUCCAAUUCUAACAUAAAUAAUAAUUAUGGUUAUAAUACAAACGUAUCCUCAUCUAAUAUUGGUAAUAAUGGCGAAAAUCAACAAAAAUCAUAUUCAAAUCAUAGUGAUCAGCCAACAACAACCACUACUACAAUGAUGGAACAUUAUUAUCGAUUCAAUGAAAUGUCGGAAAUAUUUUUCAAUUGUUCAAUAAAUUCGAAUCCUGAUGCACAUCGUAUUGAAUGGUUUAUGAAUGAAAAAUUGAUUCAUACCGAUAUACCGAAAGGAAUCAUUAUAACAAAUACGAAUCGUACAUUGAUCAUAUCACCAUCACAACGGCGAUCAUCAGGAUUAUAUCAUUGUGCAGCCACAAAUAUUCUUGGCAAAACUGUCAGCGAUCGAGUUCAAAUCGACAUUCUUUUUAAGCCUCAAUGUCAAGUGGAAUUUGUUCAAACCUACUAUCAAAAUCUGGAUGACUAUGUACAACUUAAAUGUCAUAUCAUAGCAAAUCCAAGUGAAAAUGUUCAAUUCACAUGGCGUUUCAAUGAUACUGUUUUUAUUGGUGAUUUCAAUAGUGCCUAUACUUCAUCCUCAUCAUCAUUAUCGAGUGAAUCUUUUGUUGAACAUGUAUCCAAUGAUAUUCAAGAUAUAUCGUCUUCAUCGUCAAUUGAAGAUGUCAUUGAUCAAGAAUUUAUGAUGAAUCACGAUAAAACGAUCAACAACAGCAAACGGAAUAAUAAUCGCAGAUGGAAAAUACCCCGACCUAAAUCUACAUUGAUACAUACGACCAUCGAUCAUCAACAUCUAAUAACGAAUGUGAUUCGAAUACAUUUGAAAAAAUGGUCAAGUUUUGGUCAAUUUACAUGUACAGCAAAAAAUAAUGUUGGUAUUCAGAGUGAACCAUGUCGUUGGCAAUUAAUACCACAUCAUUAUCAUACACAUUAUCGUAAUAGUUAUGAAUCAUCCAUGAAUAUUAUUCAUGGUAAUCGUCAUCACUUUCAUCAUCAUCAACAGCAACAACAACAAAAAUCACAAUCAUUGAUGCAACAAUUUUCAUCGUCAUCAUCCCGAUUACCGAAUCAAUUGAAUAAUUGUCAUAUAAUUGAAUCAUCUAAUGCUGUAGUAAUCAAAUGUUCAAAUGGUGUCGAAGUAUAUGAACGAACAUCCGAUUCUUCAAAUCAACAUCUGGAUUCUAUACAAACGAUGAAUAUGAAUGAUAGCCAUUAUCGUAGUAAUCAUUACCAUAAUCGUCAUCCGAAUAAUAAUAAUAUUUAUGAAUAUUCUAAUGGUGGUCUAUCUAAUCAACAAGUUCGUCCGCUUUUAACAUAUCAUGUACAAGUUUUUCGUCUAUCAAUGAACAACAACAGCAUCAUCCCGAUUAUCAAAACUUUGGCAAACGAUAAAAUUAAUGAAAAAAUAGCAAAUAAUAAUUAUGAUAAUGAUACGCCCAACAAUAAUGAUCAUUAUGAUGGUGCUAUAGAUGGUGAUGAUGAUGAACAUUUUGAACAAUAUUCACAUCAAAAAUCUGAACCAAAAAAAUUAAAAAAUCCAACCAUAAUGAAUCAACCUGAAACAAAAAAACAAAUUGCCUCAAUACAUGGUGGCUCAUCAUCUCAUGGUGAAUCACGAACAGAAAUUACGUCGACAACAAAGACGACAAUGACAAACAAACCGUUACCGAUAAUGGAAACGCUUAAUUUCACAAAUCCACUGUUUAUUAUUACUAAUUUAACUUCAUCAACAUCGUAUUUAUUACGUAUUUGGUCAAGUAAACAACAUAUGGAUGAUUCAAUGAUUGAACAGGUGAACAUAACGGUUCGUACGAAACCGGAUGAUGAUGAAUUUGAUCAAAAUCAUCAUCACCAUCAACAACAUGGUGAUCGAUCAAAAAUGGAUCAGAAAUCAGUGAAAAUUUUUGAUAAUCUAUUAUCAUUUAUAUCAUUUGGACAUAAAGAUUUAUUUAUCAUUUUGGUUAUGAUCAUAUUGUUCAUAUUUAUCAUCAUCACUUUGACUUAUUCAAUACGUUUUGCACGAAAAGUUCAUCAUCAUAGUCAUGGCAAAGAUAGACGUGAUGUGAAUGAUAACUACAAUGAUAGCAAUGACGACGAUGACCACAAUAACAUUGUGAACAAUAAUAAUAAUCAUAAUUUGAAUGUUCAUCAUACGAAUGAAAAUGAAAGAUCAACACCAUUAUCAUCGGCAAUUAAUGUAUUUGAAACUGCCUUAUGUGAAAUGCGACCAGAAACACUUGAAAAUGAUUUAAAAUGUAAAAAUUCAUCCACAACACCAUCAUCAUCUUCAUCGACAAAUAUAACGACAACAGGUGCUUCUGUAGCUAUCACAAAUCCAUAUUCAGCCAUAAUGGAUACAUUUAAACCAUAUCAUGUGAAUAUGGAAAAUUUAUCCAAUGAUCAACAUUAUCAAUCACAUCAGCCAGCUACUUCAUCAUCGGCUUUAAUUAUCAAAUGUGAUCUUCCAGAUUCGUCAAUAAUUACAUAUCAAAAUUAUUUAUUUCCAUUGACAACAUGUGAAUCAACAUCGGCUACAACAACGACAACAGCAACUACGACGACGACGAAUAGUAUGAUGGAGGAUAUAUCUAUGAUGGCCACCACCAAUAAUGGUGCAUGUAUUUCAAUUGAUUCUGCAAACGUUGUCAAUAAUAAUAAUAAUAAUAACAAUGCUUUAGAUACGAUCGCCACAAAUGUAACGAAUAAUAAUAAUUCUCACUCAUACACAUUUGAAUCGACCAACCAACAGCCACAUACGGCAAGUUUUACACGAAAUGAAUUCACAAUGAAUAUGACUGAACCACCAGCAACAACAACAAUGUUGGAACAACGGAAUUACCAUCAUCUUCACGAUCUGAUCCAUAACAACCAUCAUCAUCAUAACAAUAGUAAUCAUCAUCAUCAUCAUCAUCAUCAUGGACAUUCGGCUGUUGUCAAUGAUUCUCGAAUGAAUAGCGGUGCUGAUGAUGGUGGUAAUGGCGUUGAUAAUGAAUCAUUUUUACUAUCGAAUUCAUUUCAAUAUCCCUUGAGUGUAAGAAUCGUGCCAACCGAUAUUAAUGAUGCCAACGUUUCAAAUGCUGUUGCUACUGCUGCUCAAUUUGCUACCGGAUCAACAACAGAUAUUUAUGAUAUGAAUUCAACCAAUAAUAAUAGCAAAACGAAUAAGAUCCAUACAUUAGUAUGAGAAACAAACUGAAAAAAACUAUCACAUUAGAGAAUGUACCUCAAGGCGUUUCAAAUAGAAUUCGCAUUGGGAAAUUGUCAUCAUACAAUACGAUAUGAUAUCAUUCUCAUCAUCAUCAACAUCGAUUGGAUCGAUUUCAACCAGAUAGUCAUUAAUGGACAAACAAGUCGAACAUCAAUGAUCACCAAUUUGAUAUUAUUACUACUACGAACUCUCAUUCAUUCUGUUGCCGUUUUUUUCGCUGCUGUGAUGCAUCCAACCGGAAUAAAAAUUCGUCCAUUUGAUUUUCAGACUUUUGUUUCGGAUUGAGCUACACUGGACGAUGAACAAAAUGAAACAAAAGAAAAAAACUUUGUUCACGACAAAAGAUGAUGUGUGAUGAUUACAAAGUUUGAUGAUGGCAUCCAUGAAUGGAAUUGAUGGGUGUGAGAAAAAAAUGGUGUAGCAUUGAUUUUUUUGUCUCAUCAAAUACAUGGCUUACAUGGACCGGCUAAUCGAUUUGAUUCAACUAUUAUACGUUUACAAUGGAUUUUAUUAUCUCUGUGUAACCGAAUAAAAAGGAAAGAGAAAAAAAA